AAUUCGAUCCAAGUACAUUUUGCUGGUCGGAGAAUCGAAGAAUGAGAGUUCAAAUCAUGUUUUAGACCUAUCUAAUUGUUCAACUGCUGGCUGUUAAUAUGGGAAAGCGAAAACUGACAGUGACACAAGCCCACGGCCACCCUAAGCAUGUGCAAGAACAGUGUGACGUAUGGCUUACAGCAAAAGUGCCCCCCAAACAGCCGGUCCUAAGAAGGCUCCCUCUAUCCGUCAUCCAGCAAAUUUAUCCAGGGCCAACAGUUGAUGUUUCAACUGCAACAAAGCAGACAACCUUACUGGACUUUUUUAAGAAGCCGAGAGAAUCCAAGAGAGAGGACUCUCUACACUAUGCGCAGCAAGCAGAAGAAAACCGCAAACCUGAAAACGGUUGUUCUCGGAAUCGGCUAAAUGAGGACCAAGUUGGCUACUUUGAUACUCUGCAAGAAGGCGAGAGGAAUGAAGAGCCUCCCAUGAAACAGAUGCGGAAAUCCAAGCAUCCCGAGCCUACCAUUGUAAGGUUGUUUGAUACGUCUGCCGCCCAUCAACAAGAUGAAAACAGAAUGCUUGGGAGUCAAACAAUGAUUUACAGCAAUCUCAAAUGCAACUCGAUAUCUAGAAACAUUUAUCGACAACAGUCUGCAACAAACAACGGCUCUGAUAAACCAACCUCCAGGUCAAGAAAAACGAAACCCAGUAACAUCGUAACCCACCCCCAGUCUUACCAUGGGUCUCAAAGGAAGUCGGACUAUCUUGAGAGACAGAAAUGCAAAGGCACGGACAAAGGAAAUGACAGUUCAGUUGAUGAUGAUCCACCAGAUGGGGACUCCUUCCACUUGUCUCUUUCAUCUGGCUUAUCGCAGAGUACAGACAGCCAAUCCUGUGGUGUGACCGUUGUAGCUCUCAAAGGGGUCAAGAAUGUGACCUCUUCCCUUGGGAAUAUUGAAACUGAAGAAGUAUUGUAUCCAACCCGCCAGAAUCUUUCUAGGUCCUGUGAAAGAUACAAGACAUUCAAUCGAGGAAACGAUUCAUGUCAGGGCAAAAGAAAUCCAGUAUCACCAGCAGCAAAGUCCAAGAAGUUACAGUACAUUCACCCAUACUUGUUAGACUCCGAAACAAGCCAUACUCAACUCACAGAUGUACUUGGUGCAAGCAAUGUGCUGGAUGAUACCUAUCUCAAUGGUUCUACUUUGAAUGGUAGAGUCCUGAGGGUAAAUUUAGUUGACUCUGAACUCAUGUUGAACUCCUGUUCCAUUGGGGAGUCAACUGAGGAAUCACAAUGGUCAAGACCUGACCUAUCUGUCGAUGACCCCACCCUGUCAUUAAACAGUCCCUCUGAGUCCCUGGUUGGCCCCUCCCUAGCAGAUGUUGACCCCCUGUCUGAGGAGAACUCGUACCUGUUUGUUGAUGACCCCACCCUGUCAUUAGACAGUCCUUUCGAGUCUCUGGUUGGCCCCUCCCUCGCAGCUGAUGGCUUCGCCCUGUCUGUGGAGGACCCUGCCCUGUGUGUAAAUCAACCUUUGAUAGAGUAUCCCUGCCUGUCAAUUAUUGACAGUCCCUCCUCUGUGCCCAGGUGUGGUCCUUCCCACAGCCCUGCAGACUUCUCUGAGUUUACACUGAACACACAGGGUUGUUUUGUUCCGAAAGAACCUGCACAUGGAACAAGCCUAUUUCAAGAGGACUCCCAGUGUUAUGACUGACACUAGGUGAUGUGAGCAUUUGUCUACCCCCACCCCCCCCCGUUCCAAAAUUGUCACUUGUUUUGCUUUUGAUACCCCAGUCUCCAUUCUGAUCAUGUGCUAGUCUUAUUUUUUUGUGAUUCAUAAACCUUAAAUCAAACAUUGUUAGUCUGCAAAAGUUGUUUGGAUUCAGAUUAAUAUCAUCUUUUUACAAUUUGUUCACAAUAUUCCGGUUUUAAAGAAUUAUUUAAAAAAAAAAUUCUU